CCAAAACAUGUUUAUCCUAAACACAACUCAAUCUAGUUACCAUCUCCUUCUCAUAAAAUUCUUCACAAACACAUCCAUGACAACCCCCUUAAGUUUUCUUUUAAUCAUAGCAAUUUCUUUGCUUUUAUUUUCAAAACCUUCACUCACAAUCUUUGUGAGUAUCAAUUGUGGAUCCUCUAGAUCUUUCAUUGAUGAAAACAAUAUAAAAUGGGUUGGUGAUGAUGAUUACAUUAAAAAUGGGGUAUCUCAACAAGUAUAUUUAGGUUCUAGCCCAUUAAGCACUCUAAGAUAUUUUCCAACAAGAAAGAAAAAUUGCUAUUCUAUCAAAGUUCCAAAGGGAGAAAAAGUACUUGCUAGAGCAAGCUUUUACUAUGGAAAUUAUGACAAUAAAUUAUCACCACCAAUAUUUGAUCUUCAAUUUGAUGGUAACUAUUGGGCAAGUGUUAAUACAUCAAGUUAUUAUUAUGUUAAUUAUGAAGCAGUAUAUGUAACCAAGGGAAAUUUCACUAGCAUAUGUGUUGCUCAAACAAAGCCUAAACAAUUCCCUUUGAUAUCAUCACUUGAAGUAAGAAGCUUGGACCCUACAAUGUAUAGUCAUGUUGAUUCCAAUCAUGCAUUGAUUUUGCAAUGGAGAUAUGCUUUUGGUGGAAAUAAAACUAUAAGAUAUCCAGAUGAUAUUUUCGAUCGAAUAUGGACCCCUGCGUAUGGUAUCCUACUUUCUGAAGUAAAAAGUGAAGAAACAAGCUUUGACAUAAGUACUUCAGAAGAUCAUCCACCACAAGAUGCACUACAAAAUGCAGUUGUUUCAUCAAGCACUUCAGAAUACAUACAAUUUAUCAAUAGGCUUCCACAAGAGGAACUUCCAAUUUAUAUCAAUGCUUAUUUCUCAGAAGUGAUGGAAAGUGCAUUUGGAAAAAGAUCAAUUCAAAUGUACAUAGACAAUAAGCCAUUUUCAAGUCCUAUUGUUCCUCCUCUUGGAAGUGUGAAAGAAGUUUAUAUAACUAAUAUCACUGCUUCAGCAAAUACUACAUUUAUUUUGCAAGCUUCAGAUACUUCAACUUUUCCUCCUUUACUUAAUGCUCUUGAAGUUUAUACAAUUAGUGAUGCAUUUAAUGUUGGAACAAAUAGUAAAGAUGUGGAAGGUUUGUUACAACUACAAUUAGCAUUUGAAGUGCUUGUGGAUUGGAGUGGAGAUCCUUGUCUACCAUAUCCUUAUAAUUGGGAUUGGAUACAAUGUACCUCUGAUUCCAAACCUCGUGUAAUAGCAUUGUAUCUUAGUGGUUAUGAGCUACAAGGCACGCUACCAGAUUUUAGUUCCAUGACUUCACUUGAAACCAUUGAUUUGCACAAUAAUACCAUAGAAGGACCUAUUCUUGAUUUCCUAGGCCUCUUGCCUAAUCUCAAGACAUUGAACUUGUCUUACAAUAGGUUCAAUGGUUCCAUACCUGCAUCUCUUGUGAAUAAUAAGAACAUUGAAAUUGACACAACAAAUAAUUGUCUCUUGGGAAUGAAGUGUCAACCUCUCAAGGAUUCUCGAAGUAAUCAGCCACCACCACCUCAAUUUAAUUCAGGAGAUGAUCCAAAUAUAAUUGGUGGAUUUGUGGGAAAUGGAAGUGUGAAGAAUAACAAGCUACUUAUAUUAUUCCUAGUAGCUACUCAAACUUUGCUACCAAUGAUUUUCUUGAAGUUUAUAUGAGUUCGAAAAGAUUAUAUUUCUUACAUGAUUAAUUAUUAUGAAAAUUAUCAAGUAAGCCAUGUAUUGUGUGCCUCUUCUAAAAGAGUAAAACUUGUUUUCAAUUAAUUUAUUUAUGUAAGUUUUGCCUUAUGUGUGUGUAUAUAAGGGAUUUGUAUGUCAAUUCAAUAUCCUAAUCGAUUAAUUUUAUUUGAAUUA